AUGACGGGUCAGGAGAGGAGUGAGGAGAAAAGUGAGUGUGUGUCACUGUCUCCGAUGAUGGAGGCUGUCCCUGCCCUACCUGAGAGUGAGAGGGUAUGUGUGAUUGGGACGGGGGAUCUGGGGCGCUCUCUGUGCCUGCGUCUGCUGCAUCCGGGGUACGGUGUGGUGUUCGGCAGCCGACGGCCCCACAGCAGCAGCCGCCUACCCCACGGAGAACAGGUCCUGGGUCAUGCUGCAGCUGCCCAGUCAGCCCAUCUAAUCUUCAUCGCUGUCCAGAGAGAACACUACGACUUCCUGGUACCACUGGCCAAUCAGUUUAAGGGGAAGGUGUUGGUGGACCUCAGUAAAAACCUGAGAAAGAAUCAGUACCCAGAGGCCAAUGCAGAGUACCUGCAAAGUCUGGUUCCUGGAGCUGAGGUGGUUAAAGGCUUCAACACCCUGUCUGCCUGGAGUCUGCAGAAUGGACCUUCAGAUGCCAACAGACAGGUGUAUAUCUGCGGGGAAAGUGUGGAGGCCAAGCAGGCGGUGAUAGCGGUAGCCACCAAGCUGGGUUUCAGUGCCCUGGACCGGGGCUCUAUCUCAGUGGCCCGGGAGCUGGAGGACUUCCCCCUACAGCUGUUCCCCCAGUGGAGGCACCCCCUGCGCAUCGCCAUUGGCCUCAGUGCUGCCUUCUUCUUCUACCUGCUGAUCAGAUACGUCAUCUAUGCAUACGUCACCCAGGGCAAAGACAUCUCCUUCAGAAUCAUGGUCUCACUGGCCAACCAGGUGUGUCCCAUCGUGUCUCUGAUCAUGCUGUCUCUCUGUUACCUGCCUGGUGUCCUUGCUUCCUUCCUGCAGCUCUACAGAGGCACCAAGUACAGGCGCUUCCCUAAUUGGCUGGAUCGCUGGAUGCUGUGCAGGAAACAGCUGGGUCUACUGUCGCUGGGGUUCGCCUUUCUGCACGUGCUCUAUACACUGAUCAUACCCAUACGGUACUCUGUGAUGUUCUGGGUCACUGAACACACUGUCUCUCUGAUCAGAGAGAACAGGACCACAAUGUUUGAUACCACAACGGCCUGGCAUGACGAUUCCUACUUGUCCCUGGGAAUUCUGGGAUUUGGCCUGUACGUCCUAUUGGGAAUCACAUCUCUUCCCUCCGUCAUUAACUCUCUCAGCUGGAGGGAGUUCAGCUUCGUACAGGUGGGAUCACCAGGACCGGUCACACUGAAUGCUUAGGCCAGACACACUUGCGAGGCACUCAUUUUCUGGCCAUUUUUACUAGCGGUGGGGUUAUCGAUACAGUUAAAUAUCGCAAUAUUAUUUUGGACUAUAUUAUAUUGAUACUUUGACUCCAAGUAUUGAUUUGUAACUGCCCCCCCUUUUCUUGUUGCUCGGUAGCGUUAGCUAGCGCUAGUCGGCUGUACCGCUGGUAUUUUUCAUCCUAUAGAUUGUUCUCA